GCGCACGCGUCGAUCCAUAAACAAUUGAAUGGUGGGGGUGGCGUGUGCCGCCAUUUUGCUGCGAUGCUUUGUGUCUGGCUUUGGCUUCACUGAAGAAAAUCUAUUUUUCGUGGUUUCUCGACGACGAACGUGAGGAUUUUCCGGCGCCGCCUUGCAGUAAAUAUGAUGCCCAUACAAGAUGUGGUUGAGAAGUGAGCGAAGCAAAAGCUUUAAAGCACUUACACUUUACCGCAAUAAAAUUAAAAAGUUGAAGAGACCACAAAAGAGGUGUUCCACGAAGUUUGGCCCAGUUUUGGGCAAGGAUGCUGUUAAGCUGGCUGACAAGGAAAGUAAGGAGGAUCUGCAAUCGCAACUUGUUCCUGAGAUCUACGACAAUGAAUUAAACUCGCACUUGGAGCGGUCCUUAGAAAAGCAGCAGAAUAUUUCUAAUGCCAAAGUGGAGAGUCAGUCAGAGGUGAGGAUGUUGGAGAUGUCGAACAACGUUGAUCUGCCGAAAGAGAUCGAGUAUUCGAGCAUCGAGGGAAAUGACCUGAACAUUAGCUGUGGUGAAACGAUGCACCAUGUUGAUAUAUACAAAACACAAGAAUAUCAGAAUUAUACGGAGAAGAUCUGCGAAUAUUAUGAUUACACUUUGAAGACCGAUUACCAAGAUUUGCACAUCGAUCUAAGUAAUGUGAACACCCAGGAUUUCUCCACGCUCCUAGACGAGGAGAUGACCAAGAACGGAGAACUGUUAAAUAUCAACAGCUACGAUUAUACUACUUUAUACAAUCAUCCAAUGCCAGACCCUAGUUUGAUCAGUGGAGUAGUCCAGAGCGAGGAAAGGCUUGAUAAGCAGCCGGAGCAUGUAGAAGUCGAAGACACUUGGGAGGCAUUUGACCCGUACGUUUUUAUCAAACAUUUGCCUCCUCUCACCUUCGAGAUGCGAUCAAAAUGUCCAGCACUACCGCUGAAGACUAGAUCGAGUCCAGAGUUUAGCUUGGUGCUUGACCUGGAUGAAACCCUAGUACACUGCAGCCUCCAAGAACUAUCGGAUGCGAGUUUCCACUUUCCAGUCCUAUUCCAGGAUUGCUCUUACACAGUAUAUGUAAGAACAAGACCGUACUUUAAAGAGUUUAUGGAGAAAGUUGCCUCCAUGUUUGAGGUAAUUUUGUUUACUGCAAGUAAGAGAGUUUACGCCGACAAGCUCCUCAAUCUACUGGAUCCAGAGAGAAAAUGGAUCAAGUACAGAUUGUUCAGAGAACAUUGCGUUUGCGUCAAUGGAAAUUAUAUCAAAGACCUCUCAAUACUUGGAAGAGAUCUGAGCAAAACUAUCAUCGUCGAUAAUUCACCGCAGGCUUUCGGUUAUCACUUGAACAACGGCAUUCCCAUUGAGAGUUGGUUCGUCGAUCGCACAGACUCAGAAUUGAUGAAACUUUUGCCGUUCCUCGAGGACCUCGUGCAAUUGCAAGAAGAUGUUCGUCCACAUAUCCGCAAUAAAUUCAAACUGUUCAGCUACUUGCCGCCGGAUUAAGUCCUAGCGAUAUUGUAAGAGACAAUCACUGUUAAAAACUGGUUAGAUGUUUUGAAAACAAAAAUAUAUAAUCUCAAAUAUUUACGCUCGCUAACCCGGCUAGCCAAUCGACCGAUUCUCGAAAUUUAAAGAACCUUUUAGGGCUUCCAGCCAAUUUUUCUUUGAAAAAAUAUUAUAUAUAUAUAUAUGAAUUCCGUCCCUUGAAUCAUCCAAAAAAAAAGUCUAUACUUUAUUCCUAAAUUGUUUGGAAGUCUUUCAUCUUUAUGUGCCUGAUUUGGUUUCCUAAAUUAGUGCGAAUUGUGAUAUUUGUUUAUUGUUGAAAAUGUUCUGUUUCUUUUCUUCUUAUCUUUUCAUAUUGUAUAUUUUACAAAUUUCUAAUUGGUCCUUUGGCGUACGGGUCUCGUUCGUAUACAUAAUCGGAUAGGGAUCAAAACAUUAUUUAGUUCUUGCCUAUUCUCUUUACUCUUUUUUCAAACAUUAUUUUUUUCUGUUUACGAACAAGUUUUCUUUUAUACACGUUACUGCAUAUUCAUUUUUUUCGUCGACCAAAAUUAGGUUGUUAUGCACAAUGUAUCAAAAGUGAUGAUAUACAUUCAUAUUCUAUCAAUUUUUGAAACUGUUCUUUUUUUGAGUAUGCUAUAUGUGUGUAUAGGUAUAUCUAAAUAUGUAUGUUUGUGUAUAUAUUUAUAUAUGUGCAUAUAUAUUUAUGUGUGUGGAAAUUGUUUCUACAUACAUUAUCGUACUAUUAUUAUUAUUAUUAUGAACUU